AUGCCUAUCAACUACCUGAUCCUGCUCUCGCGGCAGGGAAAAGUCAGGCUUGCAAAGUGGUUUACCACACUGUCACCGAAGGAAAAGGCCAAGAUCAUUAAGGAUGUCUCUCAACUCGUGCUGGCACGGCGGACGAGGAUGUGCAACUUCCUAGAAUACAAAGGUUGGAGGAUUAUGUGGAGAUACGGUGCAUCAACUAAUGAAUUGUCCGCAGAUUCGAAGAUCGUCUAUCGACGUUACGCCUCCCUCUUCUUCAUUGCAGGAUGCAACUCGACGGAUAACGAACUUAUCACCCUCGAGAUCGUCCACAGAUAUGUCGAGCAGAUGGACAAAUACUACGGAAAUGUGUGCGAGACAUCGUAUGUCAUAUCUCCUCUAUUGCAAAGCUCGAGAAUUGACAAGCCGCAGAUUUUCAACUUCCAAAAAGCAUACUUCAUUCUAGACGAGUUACUGUUGGCAGGUGAAAUGCAGGAAAGCAGCAAGAAGAACGUUUUACGGGUCAUAUCUGCACAGGACUCGAUAGAAGAUACAGAGGUCGAUGAAGAGGUUACAAAGAUCAUGUGA